UUGACACUAGUUCGUUUGGCAAAGGGGGUUGAAAGCUAUGAACACAAUUUGUGGCAGGUAAAUAAUAAAUAAAGGAUCACGUGAGUUGAUCGAAAACGGAAUGGGCCUAACGAACAGCCAUCAGCUGAGUGCCGCCGAGCUGCAGGCGCAUCAAGCGGCCACCGGGCUAUCAAUCGAGCAGCUUGAUCAGCUUCACGCUCGCUUUCUGGCGCUGGAUCGUUGCCAGCGUGGAUAUCUAACGCCCACAGAGCUGCUGCGAAUACCGCAGCUGGCACAGAAUCCAUUGCAUCGCCAGAUAAUCGAUGGCUUCUUUGGCCACACAAACACGGGGAUGGGAACGGGGACGAGGUCAGAUUCGGAUUCGGAUACGGAUGCGGAUUCGAUGAGUAGGGAUCGCAUCAAUUUCGGACAAUUUGUGCGAACGUGUGCAACGUUCUUGGUGCCACAAUGCGACCAUCCGCCGCAUCAACGUCUCGAUGGACGUGUUCACAAGCUGCGCCUGCUCUCCCACAUGUUCGACACCCAGCGACGCGGUCGCAUCGAACGUACCGAUUUUCGCAAGGUGAUGACCACCUUGCUGAACGCUUCGCCGCCUCCCUCGGAUGGUGUGGCCAAUGUGCAUCCGCACAGCAGCGAAUCGGAGCUGCAGCUGCUGGAGGAGCUCGCUUUUGGGGAGCGAGAGAGCAGCACUUAUGAGGAGUUCGAGGAGAGGCUGGCAACGGUCGAUGUGGAGUCCAAAUUGGCAGUUAGCAAAUGGCUAGAGGAGGAAGAGAAGGAGAAGGAGAUGGAGAUUGAGAAAGAGGAGGAGGGGAAGCGCACGUGAUUUGAAAUUUAUAAUCCUAAUCAAAAUCAAUAUCGAAGUUGUUUUCUUUAU